GAGAGAGAGAGAGAGAGAGAGAGAGAGAGAGAGGGGAGGGAUACCCGACAAAUUCUUGGCCACGUUGAGACUAGGGGACUCAAAUGAUUACAUAUCUCCGUCACAGGGUUGCGUUGUUUCUCUUGAGGCUAGUUCCACAAGGCAAGACAAAUCACAGAACCUUGAGAAAGUUGGGACUGCACUAAACGAGGACAUGUAUAUAAAUGAUAGUUUAUAUGUGGCAUGCUUUGUGAGUAAUUGUGGUUUCUUAUUGGUUCCUCUAACUUCAAAAUUCUUGUUCCCUGCAGUCCGAAGGAUACUCUUUGGACGGAGGUGAGACUAUUCUCGAAUUGAAGGUUUAUUAUUCAAAGAAAAUGCUGACUGAUGCAAUUCAUUGGGAUUUUUUUUUAUAUGUUGAUCAUAUGCCUAACCUACACAAGAAGAAUAAGGAUGUGAAAACCCUAUUGCAAUAUUAAUUAACGACUUGCAUUCUUGGGAAUAUACAUUUUUCCGCCUAUUAUGAUUUGUUCUCUUUUGUUUUUUUUGGGUGGUUGUGAUUAUCAUUCCUUAUCCCAAAUUGCUUUCUAUAAAUCUUGAACCAGUGUGGCCUUUCUAUAUACAGGGGACUUCUUUCACCAUUCUUACAAUUCUGGACCAAAAUACUGGAACAUUCAUUGGCACAUGCGGUAAUAAUGCUUGUGUACUUUCAAGUUGACAUGUCAAUUUAUAGAGGACUACCCGAAUAAACCACCAACAGUGGAAUUUAUCUCCCAAAUGUUUCAUCCAAACAGUUUAGUAUCUCAUGUUAGUAAAAGCGUUUCCAUAUG